AUGUUUCAUAAUACUUUUAUUUCUUUCCAGCUACAUGAUAAUGCAAUAUCUAGUCUUCCGCCGGAGUUUGGUGAGCUAAAGAAUUUGAUGACUCUAAGUUUGGCGCACAAUAAACUGACAGCACUCCCCAAAGAGUUUUAUAAGUUAACUGAAUUACGCUGGCUGAGUAUAUCCCACAAUGAGAUUUCGAAAAUAGAAGCCGACUUUGGAGAUUUUGUUAUGCUGACCUUUUUGGACUUAUCGCACAAUAAACUGACAAUACUACCUCCAGGUAUGGGCUAUUUGGUGAGAUUAGUAGAAAUUAAUCUGUCACACAAUCAGCUAGAAGAGCUUCCUCCUGAUAUUGUUAACCUCAGAGAUCUGAGAAAAAUGAAUAUUAGCAACAACAAUCUCAAGAAGUUACCACCACUAGGCGAACUGAGAAAAAUGGAAGUACUGGAUGCGAAUCAUAACGACAUUGAAGAACUACCCGACUUUUACGGCUGUGCAGCCCUUAAAGAAUUAUAUAUGGCCAAUAAUUAUAUUAAGGAGAUAACAGAAGAGUUCUGUGAUCAGAUGCAGCAUUUGAAUGUGUUGAACAUCAGGGACAACAAAUUAGAAGUGUUGCCUGAGAACAUCUCACUGCUGCAGAAACUGAAGAGGCUGGACCUUACUAACAAUAAUUUGAAUAAGUUACCAAGGAACUUGGGGUUGUUAUCUCAGUUGCAAAGCAUCAACAUGGAGGGCAACAAGUUGUCGUUUGUGAGGCAGGACGUGAUCAGAGGAGGGACGGAGAGGAUGAUGAAGUAUCUCAGAGACCGCAUCACUGAUGAAGUCGUCAGUGAGACUAGGCUCACUCCUGAGGAAUGGCCUGAUAAAUAUACACUGAAGAAAAGUCAAGCUUUAAUGGUGCCUGGUCGGGAACUGACGAACGUACCGGACCAUGUGUUCAAAGCGGCGGCCGAGGCAGAAGUACAUAUUGUCGACUUCUCUAAAAACAAACUCACUGAAGUACCCCGUGGGUAAGUC